GGCGCGCACACGGGCGGUAGGCGGAGGCGAAUGCGAAAGCCGUCCAUCCCGACGUGAAGCCGCCCUCCCUCAUGUGAAUGCGAGACGAGGGGGUUAAUUCCCCCCUCCCUCGCCGGCUGCCUUUCUCCUCCGCCGCCGCCGCCUCCUCCCCCUCCCCCCCGCCGCCGCCUGAGUGGUGAGCGCGAGAGCCCCCGCUGGGCCAGACCCGCCUUCCCACCGGCGGCGGCGGUGGCGGCGGCGGCGGCGCCCAGGUGCGGAGUCCAAACCCGACAGCAAUGGCGUCCAACGCGACGGAGAGGGAGAUUUUCCUCACAGACCUGCAACAGGGAGAUGUGCGAAGUAUCAUAGUCUCUGAGAACGUGAGCGUUGGACAGAAAUUGGACUACUCGGACACAAUGGUACAACAGAAGUUGGAUGAAGUAAAAGACCAAAUUAAACGGGAAAUAAGAAAGGAACUUAAAAUCAAAGAAGGAGCAGAAAACCUCAGGAAGGUCACUACAGAUAAAAAAAACCUAGCCUAUGUAGACAAUAUUUUGAAAAAAUCGAACAAGAAGCUAGAAGAAUUGCAUCAUAAAUUACAAGAAUUGAAUGCUCAUAUUGUUGUAACAGAAACUGAAGAUGUUACAGAUUGUCCAAGAACACCAGAUACACCAAACAGUGAUCCUCGUUUUCCUACUAGCAACAGGUUGAUGGCCUUAAAAAAACAGUUGGAUAUAGAACUGAAAGUAAAACAAGGAGCAGAGAAUAUGAUCCAUAUGUACUCUAAUGGGUCAUCAAAGGACCGGAAGCUGCUUGCCACUGCUCAACAAAUGCUUCAGGAUAGCAAGACAAAAAUUGAAGUUAUAAGAAUGCAGAUUCUUCAAGCAGUCCAGACUAAUGAAUUGGCUUUUGAUAAUGCAAAACCUGUGAUAAGCCCACUUGAGCUUCGUAUGGAGGAAUUGCGGCAUCAUUUUAGGAUAGAAUAUGCAGUAGCAGAAGGAGCAAAAAAUGUUAUGAAGUUGCUUGGAUCUGGUAAAGUGACUGACAGGAAAGCACUCUCAGAGGCUCAAGCAAGAUUUAAUGAAUCAAGCCAGAAGCUCGACCUCUUAAAGUAUUCAUUAGAACAAAGACUGAAUGAACUCCCCAAAAACCAUCCCAAAAGCAGUAUUAUCAUAGAAGAACUUUCACUUGUUUCUUCACCAACUCUGAGUCCACGGCAAAGCAUGCUAUCUACACAGAAUCAGUACAGUACACUAUCCAAGCCAGCAGCUUUAACAGGUACUUUGGAGGUUAGACUCAUGGGUUGCCAAGAUAUUCUGGAGAAUGUCCCUGGUCGAUCAAAAGCCACAUCUAUUACACUACCUGGAUGGAGUCCAAGUGAAGCCAGAUCGUCUUUCAUGAGCCGAACAAGCAAAAGUAAAAGUGGGAGUAGCCGAAACCUUCUGAAAACAGAUGAUUUGUCCAAUGAAAUCUGUGCUGUUUUGAAGUUGGAUAAUACCGUGGUUGAUCAAACCAGCUGGAAGCCUAUUUCAAAUCAGUCAUGGGAUCAGAAAUUUACGCUGGAGCUAGACAGAUCACGUGAAUUAGAAAUUUCUGUGUAUUGGCGUGAUUGGAGAUCCCUGUGUGCAGUGAAAUUUUUGAGACUAGAAGACUUCUUAGAUAACCAGCGGCAUGGAAUGUGUCUCUAUCUUGAACCCCAGGGUACUCUAUUUGCAGAGGUCACAUUUUUUAAUCCUGUUAUUGAAAGAAGACCAAAACUUCAAAGACAAAAGAAAAUUUUCUCCAAGCAGCAAGGCAAAACAUUUCUCAGAGCUCCUCAAAUGAAUAUUAAUAUAGCCACCUGGGGAAGGCUGGUGAGAAGAGCUAUUCCUACAGUAAACCAUACUGGUACCUUCAGCCCUCAAGCUUCGGUGCCUGCUACAGUUCCAGUAGUUGACAGUCACAUUCCUGAAUUAGGGUCACCAACUAGUGACUCCCCUGUGGGCAAAUUGGUAUUUGAACUUGAACCUCAACCUUCACAUACUCCACCGCGUGCCUCUUCCCUUGGAGAAGUAAAUGAACCUUCACCUGAGCUGAAGGUUCAGUCUACACCCACUCAGAAUUUUUUUCUUCUACAUAUUUCACAGGAUACAGACACAUUUGAUUUUGAAAAUGACAGAAAUAAUUUUGUCCCCAAACUUCAGCCAGAAAUUAUUUGUGAGACUCAAAUUUCAAACUCUGAUAUAGAAUAUACAAUACGGGAGCCUGAAGAUAGAAGAAUUCAACCAAGAUUUCAAUUUAGUUUACAAGAUUUCCGAUGUUGUGCUGUACUGGGUAGGGGUCACUUUGGAAAGGUUCUUUUGGCAGAGUAUAAAAAUACAAAUGAAAUGUUUGCUAUUAAAGCAUUAAAGAAAGGAGACAUUGUUGCUCGUGAUGAAGUAGACAGUCUCAUGUGUGAAAAACGAAUUUUUGAAACUGUGAACAGCGUAAGGCAUCCCUUUCUGGUGAACCUUUUUGCCUGUUUCCAAACCAAAGAUCAUGUGUGCUUUGUAAUGGAGUAUGCCGCUGGCGGGGAUCUCAUGAUGCACAUACACACAGACGUCUUUUCUGAACCAAGAGCAGUAUUUUAUGCUGCUUGUGUGGUUCUUGGACUGCAGUAUUUACAUGAGCACAAGAUAGUGUAUAGAGAUUUAAAGCUAGACAACUUGUUGCUGGAUACAGAAGGUUUUGUGAAAAUAGCUGACUUUGGUCUCUGCAAGGAGGGAAUGGGAUUUGGUGACAGAACCAGUACAUUCUGUGGCACUCCAGAAUUCCUUGCCCCAGAAGUCUUGACAGAAACAUCCUAUACCAGAGCUGUAGACUGGUGGGGGCUUGGCGUGCUCAUCUAUGAAAUGCUGGUUGGUGAGUCUCCCUUCCCAGGAGAUGAUGAAGAAGAGGUUUUUGACAGUAUUGUAAAUGAUGAAGUAAGAUAUCCACGGUUUCUCUCUACAGAAGCCAUCUCAGUAAUGCGAAGGCUUCUGAGGAGAAAUCCAGAACGACGUCUUGGUGCUGGUGAGAAAGAUGCCGAAGAUGUCAAAAAGCAUCAUUUUUUCCGGCUGAUUGAUUGGAAUGCAUUGCUUGCCAAGAAAGUGAAGCCUCCUUUUGUACCGAUCAUAAGAGGAAGAGAAGACGUCAGCAAUUUCGAUGAUGAAUUUACCUCAGAAGCGCCUAUUCUCACUCCACCACGGGAGCCUAGGAUACUUUCAGAUGAUCAGCAGGAAAUGUUCAGAGACUUUGACUACAUCGCUGAUUGGUGUUAAUCCUAAUUUAGACACUGUGAAAUUCUAGCAGACUGUGGCUCCCGAGAACAGCAUUUGCCUGGCCUUUGGAUUGGUCUCUGAGUUGCCUGUAGCUUCUGAUUUUUAAAUCAUAUGAAGAUUUUUUAAAGUACUGUUUUUAAUACACACAAGGUGUGGCCUUUUUGGGGUAUAUCUUUUUAAAGAAAAUCUUGAGCACUGGAAAGCAAUUCUGUGCAGCUCUUUAACCUGAAUUGGUGGGUGCAGCCUAUGUGCUACUCUAGUACAGACACCGUUGUACUGUAUCUUUAUUCUUCUGCAGCAGAACACAUUGCAAAAUACCUGCCUUAAGAAGUAGGAUACCAACCAGAUUCUGAGCUAAACUGAUAAAACCUACCCAGGUUUUAAUAGAAGAAGGCAAAAACUGUUGGUCCUUUAAAAGUGAAAUUAUUAUAAUCUUGCAAAAGACCUAUGUAGACCUAAAGACUGUUAAGCACACUGUUGAGUUUUAAAAUAAUACGGAUUGAGUGCUGAAUGCCUUGUUUUGUAAACUUUCUAUGGUAUUUAUUAGAAGGGGAAAUGUUUAAAAGCCUUACACAUACGAAAACAGUUUAAGUACUUCCAUUGAGAGAGAGGAGGAGAGGAAUGGAGGACUGGUCCUGAAAAAUUUACCAAAGUCGCUUGCCAAAACAAUGUUUGCCUUUUAACUUUUUAAACACUGUUCAUAAAUAACCAGCAGAUAUGAAGAAUGUAAUAAAUAAGAAUGUUUCUUCAGUCUUAACCAGGAAUACUUUUAGUGUAUGCAUUUCCCCUAAAUGCAAUCACUGUUCUGUACUCUUGAAGUUGUGUCUUUUCUACACUUAACUCUGUGGACAGAAUAUUUUUUAGGAAAGCAAUGUAUUUAGCUAUCAUGUACAUCUUAUAUUGGCUGAUGUGAUGUUACCAUAUCACCUUUAAAGAAUGAGGAUCUUGAGUGUAUACACAUGGUGUACAUGUUUAUUUGGAAGUUAUAGUAUAUUUUUUUCAAGAUUAUAAACUGUACCAGUUUCUUUAGAUUUUGUUGAGUGGCUAUGUGAAUGUAUUGUUAGAUCCAAUUUAAUGGGGAAAACAUACUUGUAUACAUUUUAAGGCCACUGAAUUCCAGAAUCUUCAUUGGCAAUUAUUGAGAAUAAGGGUAAAAGCAAUAUGUUUUAAGAGAAUGUAUAAAUAUUUUUGAUAAAACUUGUAUAUUUUAAACCUCUUAACACUAUGCUGUACCUCAAAAGUUAAUGUCUUUGACCAGAUACUGUGUAUGCUCCUUACAGACUUUUAUAUAGAUUUCCAAAUAUUCUGUAAAAAUAUAUUACAGAACUGACAUUCCACUUUCUUUAGCAUAUUAAAAGUAGCUUCUGUGAUCAGCCUUUUACCCAAUAGUGCACAAAAUAAUUAGUUGUGAGAGGUUUAAAAUCAUUCAGACUUCCUCUUUUCACCUUGUUCCAUAACAGAUAAAUAGAAAUCAAAUCACCAUGUUGCGUUUGAGUGGAGAUAGUGCAACACCAAGGUGCUGCUUUUAUACCAUGAGUUUUUCCCCCAGUAAACUAUUAAUGGGCCUGAAUGUGAUAUGUUAAUAUUGUGUUGAUUUUUCUAGAGGCCUGCAAUAACAUAAGGUGUAAUUGGAUCACUAGAAUAAUGUACAUGCAAGCUUGUCCAUGAGGGGACAUAGGUAAGAUAAGACAUCCUUAAAAUAAUCAUGACUAUGUCUAAUCUGAAAUUGCUGUUUUUAAAAUGUGCUAUUUUAGCAUGUUUUAGAGAAUGCUAGUUUACUAUUUCUUUGCCACCUCACAUAACUAUAUCCUAAUUAAACACUACACACCUGAGGUACAGUCUGCUAGCCCUUUUUACUUCCAAAGCAGAGCUACAGCCAGCUGGGUCCCAAAUGGGUGCUUCAAAUUGAAAUUUUACAGAUAGAAUAUUUUGUAAGUACAUCUUGUACAGAAAUGUUUGUAAUUAAGAAUAACUAAAAAAACAUUAGAGGCAGGGUAUGUUCACACAGUUAAGCUGAAAGAACGCACUAAUUUUAUCUAGUUCUAAAAUAUUUAGGCAAAUUAAGAUUUUAAACUCUAGAUUGUAAAUAUAUUUUGCUAUACUUGUAUGUGGCUGCUGAAGCACUUUGUAAAGAAAUUAGAAUAUUUUAGAAUGGUACACUAUGCAUUAAAAUGAAAUGUGCCUUUAACAAUGUAAUACUAAACUGUCUUGCAGUUAAUUAUCAAAUUAAAGUUUAGUGAAAUUUGUAUAUGAAAACAUGAUUUACUGAUUUGAAUCUUAUAAUCUUGUGUUUGAUCCUUCUCUAGAUAAAAAUGAAGUCUUUGGAACUUUGUAUGAAUUAUUCUUUCGGUGGGAGGAAGGAUAUAGUUAAUAACUGUACUAGUUGCUAAAGGUUCAUGGAAUACAGAACUGGUAAUUGUUUAGCAGCUACCUUUGUGGAUGGAUAUUAGUUUUUUUGCUUGACUUCACUAGGUCAUUAUGUACAGGUUAAAAGGGAAGUUGAAAUAAACUAAAUUGACACAUUCUGGCACAAUCAA